AUGGCCAAAACUGUGCCGCAGGCUGCCAUUUCUAUCUCCGCUACUGGAGAUAUUGGUGUGGAUAUCAGUCCUCCAUCCUCGGCACCCCCACCCCCCAGGCUUCCACUGCCAGGAAUGGCACAAUCUCGCGCAUCGGCCUCUCCACGGCCGUCCCGUCCACCAUCCCGUCAAAGCAACCGAAUCAUCACACCAGUCAAGGCUCAUGGAAAUUACAUCCGGCCGGAUAAUGACAGUCGACAAUCACUAGCCAAACGAACUCGAGACGAUACUUCCGAGUCUGACAAUGACGAGAAUGACAAGGAUGAAGAGGCCCCAGCCACCCAGUCCAAAACCCCCUCUCAGUCCCGCAGACCUCCAAAAAAAUCAGCCCCUUCGCACUCAUCAUCUCAAGUUAACGACCAGGAUCUAGCAGAACUCCCCAACGAACUGCCCGACAACUUCUCCUAUGAAUCCGCUGGUGGAAGUGACACUGAAGAUGAUGGAUCUGCCAACUUAGAGGUAGUCAACCUUGCUGCGGAAGAAGAGCAGGCCAAAAAACGCAGACCAGCCAAAGCGACUACUGAGAACGCCGGAAAGGGAAAAUACAAGUAG